AUGGAUUUAUCGUUUAUACCUAAAGAACUUAGAGGCAAAGACAUCUAUAAAAUUCUGGGCUUACAUAUAAAUGAUUGUAAUAACGAGAAUGCCAAGAAUAUUAUUAGAAAGAAAUAUUUAAAAGCAGCAUUAAUAUUACAUCCAGACAAAAAAGAAGUUCAUUAUCAACAGAAAGAAGAAAAGAAAAUAUAUGCUGAAAAUUUUUCUACAUUAAAAAGUGCAUAUGAAUUUUUAUUAAAUGAACAAUUAAGAAAAAAAUAUAAUUUAUAUUUAGAAAAAAAAGGAAAAGUAAUUAAUAACACACCUGUGAAUAAUACAAGUCUUAAAAGAUACUUAGAUAAAAAAAAAUUUCUUUCUUUUAAUCUUGAGAAAAUUAAUUUAAAAAAAAAGUUAGAAGAAAAAGAAAAAAUAGCUCAAUGUUUAAAUGAAAAUAAUAUUAUAUCAAAAAAUAAACAAAAAUAUAUUAAACAUAAAAAUAAUAAUGAUACUCAUUUUAAUCAUCAAGAAGAGCAUUUAAAAAAUAUUAAAAAAAAAAAUGAAUCCUAUAUGAAAAAAAAUAAAUCAAAAAAUUUUUGUAAGAAGCAAAAAGAAAUAAUACAUCAAAGUGAAAAAAUUAUUGAAAUUUAUUUAAAGAAUUAUAAACAUAAUCAAAAAUUAUUACAAUCAUAUAUAAAGGAAAAAAAAAUCCUCAAGUUUUUUAUUGACUUUAAUUUUAACAAGUAUUCAUUAAAACAUAUCAACCAUAAUCAAAAUGAUGAUAUUUAUAAUGAUGAUAUUCAUAAUGAUGAUAUUCAUAAUGAUGAUAUUCAUAAUGAUGAUAUUUAUAAUGAUGAUAUUCAUAAUGAUAAUAAUGUUGAACAAGUGGGAUAUUUAAUUUUUAGUCAUCGUUUUGAAACCAUAAGAGCAUAUUUGCAUUAUAAAAAUAAUAUUAAUGAAAUUAAUAAAAAUUUUAUUUUAAAAUUACGAGUACCUUGUGAUCAAAAAAAAAAUGAAGAUGAAAAAGACAAUAUUGAUAGAAUGAUGAAUGAAAUGGUAAAUGAGUUGGAUAAAAUAUUUACAACAUAA